UGUUUGUGUGUGUGUAUGUGUGUUGGUGGAUGUGAGUACGGGGAAGCAGCGGCCGCCAUUUCAGAGAGCUUGCCGAAGCUGUCGCAGGGGUGGAUCCUGAGCUGCCGAAGCCGCCGUCCUGAACUUCCGCGCGGGCUCCUCUAAUCCCAUUGUUUCUUUUAGAUUCGCUCGGGCCUAUCCGCCCUCGGAGCCCGAAAUUCGGGCUGGGCGGUACCGCGGCCUGGGCCUAGCGGCUUAACAGUAGCAACAGCGGCAGCAGCAGCAGCCCCCCCCCCCCCUUUCCGAAUACGAGCACCCUAGGGGCCCGAAAGCCCGCACAGGCGAUUAGAGAAAAUGGCAGACGAUAUUGAUAUUGAAGCAAUGCUUGAGGCUCCUUACAAGAAGACUUGCCUAACGAUAUCUCACCUCUACUCCCAUGAAUUCACCUUUGAUUCCAGUGUGAACUGUCAAUCAUAAGGGCGAGAUGUGUGACAGAGGUGGCAUCAAGCUCUUACAGUCCCAACCCUCCAACGGAAAUGGGCGAAGAUCUCAGGAAUGGCAUCGGUCACAGGAAAUCGAUAGUGGCUGGCUGCUAGCAUGGCCACUUGGGGCUUAGGCAGAAAUAGAGCCAUGGUACUGACCAAAGGGACCAUAGCACAUGGAAUAAAACUCAAAACAGGACUUCAUUCAUGUUUUUAGAAAUUCUAUUUAACCACUUCAACAACUGUAAAUGUGGAUAACUUAAUAUCUAACUAUAUAAGAAAGUAAAAUUUAACAUGUUAAUAUGCAUUUUUAUUUUUGUAUCUCGAUGACUUAAUUGUAAGCAACAAAGUGGUUAAACACGUUCCCAUCUAAAUUUUUUUAUAGCCUUCCAUGUUAAACUAUAAACAAGUAAUUAGUUUUAAAAUUGUUUUGUAUUUUCUUAUUCCUAUUCCCUUUACCCUUUGACAACUUGAAAUGUUACCACUUCGUCCUCAUGAUGUUCUUCUAUCAACCCUGCUUAGGAUGAGAACAAGUUGAGCAGUGCUAACGGCCAUGAAGAACGUAGCAAAAAACAAAGUUUCUGCCUCCUUGGAAAGCUCUACAUCUCCUUGUGAUUGGAGUGUGGGUUUCAAGAUUCCAGAAGGUGGGAAAAAAAGCAAGAGCAGAAGUCGUAGUCAUGAACGGAAAAGAAGCAAAAGUAAGGAACGGAAACGAAGUAGAGAUAGAGAAAGGAAAAAGAGCAAAAGCCGAGAAAGGAAGCGAAGUAGGAGCAAAGAAAGGAGGCGGAGCCGCUCAAGAAGUCGAGAUCGCAGAUUCAGAGGCCGCUACAGAAGUCCUUACUCCGGACCAAAAUUUAACAGUGCCAUCCGAGGAAAGAUUGGGUUGCCUCAUAGCAUCAAAUUAAGCAGACGACGUUCCCGAAGCAAAAGUCCAUUCAGAAAAGACAAGAGCCCUGUGAGGGAACCUAUUGAUAAUCUAACUCCUGAAGAAAGAGAUGCAAGGACAGUUUUCUGCAUGCAGCUGGCAGCAAGAAUUAGGCCAAGGGAUUUGGAAGAGUUUUUCUCUACAGUAGGAAAGGUUCGAGAUGUGAGAAUGAUUUCUGAUAGAAAUUCAAGACGUUCCAAAGGAAUUGCAUAUGUGGAGUUUGUUGAUGUUAGCUCAGUGCCUCUAGCAAUAGGAUUAACUGGCCAACGUGUUUUAGGAGUGCCAAUCAUAGUACAAGCAUCACAGGCAGAAAAAAACAGAGCUGCAGCAAUGGCGAACAAUCUACAGAAGGGAAGUGCUGGACCUAUGAGGCUUUAUGUGGGCUCGUUACACUUUAACAUAACUGAAGAUAUGCUUCGGGGAAUCUUUGAGCCUUUUGGAAGGAUUGAAAGUAUCCAGCUCAUGAUGGAUAGUGAAACAGGUCGAUCUAAGGGAUAUGGAUUUAUUACGUUUUCUGAUUCAGAAUGUGCCAAGAAGGCUUUGGAACAGCUUAAUGGAUUUGAGUUAGCAGGAAGACCAAUGAAAGUUGGUCAUGUUACUGAACGUACUGAUGCUUCCAGUGCUAGCUCAUUCUUGGACAGUGAUGAACUGGAAAGGACUGGAAUUGACUUGGGAACAACUGGUCGUCUCCAAUUAAUGGCAAGACUUGCAGAAGGUACAGGUUUGCAGAUUCCACCAGCAGCACAGCAGGCUCUACAAAUGAGUGGCUCUUUGGCAUUUGGUGCUGUGGCAGAAUUCUCUUUUGUUAUAGAUUUGCAAACAAGACUUUCUCAACAGACUGAAGCUUCAGCUUUAGCUGCAGCUGCCUCUGUUCAGCCUCUUGCAACACAGUGUUUCCAACUUUCUAACAUGUUUAACCCUCAAACAGAAGAAGAAGUUGGAUGGGAUACAGAGAUUAAGGAUGAUGUGAUUGAAGAAUGUAAUAAACAUGGAGGAGUUAUUCAUAUUUAUGUUGACAAAAAUUCAGCUCAGGGCAACGUGUAUGUGAAGUGCCCAUCAAUUGCUGCAGCCAUUGCUGCUGUCAAUGCAUUGCAUGGCAGGUGGUUUGCUGGUAAAAUGAUAACAGCAGCAUAUGUACCUCUUCCAACUUAUCACAACCUCUUCCCUGAUUCUAUGACAGCAACACAACUACUGGUUCCAAGUAGACGAUGAAGGAAGAUAUAGUCCCUUAUGUACAUAGCUUUUUUUCUUUCUUGAGAAUUCAUCUUGAGUUAUCUUUUAUUUAGAUAAAAAUAAAGAGGCAAGGGUCUACUGUCAUUUGUAUACAAUUCCUGUUACCUUGAAAAAAUAAAAAUGUUAACAGGAAUGCAGUGUGCUCAUUAUCCCUAACUAGCAAAUCCCACUGUAUACAAAGCUGUUCUCUUGUUCUGCCUUUUAAAUGUACAUGUAGAAAUUUACAUUAAGGAUCUAUAGGAAUAGCUCUAGGGGGGGAAACAGAUGUGCUUAAUGUAAAAAGGCAGACAGGGAUGUAAUUAUGUUUUUAAUGUUUCAGAAGCCUAACUUUUUACACAGCAGUUACAUUACACGUUUCACUAAUGUUGAUACUUGGCUAAUGGUUUAGCAGAGGUUUCUGGAGUACACAUUUAGUGUAUGGAAAUUCAAGACAGCUAAAGGGCUGUUUGAUUAACAUCUCAUCUUGCAUCGUGAUCAAUUGGCAAGAAAAGGAGUUUUCAAGAUUACAUUUCUGGAUGCUAUCUUUUCAAUUAAUGUAUCUGUAAAAGUUUCUUUGUAAAUAUUAUGUGUUCUGAUGUGUCUAAGAUUCCAAACAAAAUGAUCCCUGCAUUUCCUCAAGAUGUUUAGUGACAGUCUGGUAAGCAGAGCAGUCUGAGCAAGAAAUAGGAAAUGCAGAAAUAGGUUUUGUCUGGUUGCAUAUAAUCUUUGCUCUUUUUAAGCUCUGUGAGCUCUGAAAUAUAUUUUUGGGUUACUUAGUGUGUUUGACAAGACAGCUUGAUAUUUCUAUCAAACAAAUGACUUUCAUAUUGCAACAACCUUUGUAAGAACCACUCAAAUAAAAUUCUCUUAAAAAGGCCACAAGAAAUCUUCAUUUUUGAAAUGUUUUGAAGUCAUAGAAACUUGAAAGUAGAAUAUUAGUUUCUUUGACUUUUAGUAGUUAUUCAAGACUUCCUUCUUGGGGAAAUUGCAUAGUGUGCAGAGAGUUUGGGAAGAUUGUUGCCCAAACAACAAAAAAGUUGUUUUGUACAUUUCUCCAUUUCACCAUAUUUUAGCAUUUUACUAUUUAGGGUAAUGAAUCAAAACCUUAGGGAUUUUCCAACAAGAAAAUGAAAUUUAUUUAGCCCUUAAACCUGGGUAUUCUUAAGUCUCUACUAUGUUAGGUCAUCUCUGAAAAAAUGUUUCACUAUUUAAAUACCAAAAUGGUUAAAAGUUGAAACAUUUAACUGAUUUUCCCAAACUGAUUGAGCUGCAUGUUAUUUUAUUAAGGAAUUGAGCUUUAAGUGUAUUAGGCAACAAGCCAUUUAUAUUCUGAACUCUGCUUCGAGGUUUUGUAUCUAUCUACCUUGAACCUUUGAAUAGGCCAUGUUGCUCCUGAUGGAAUGAUUAACUUCCAGUAUUGAUUUCCUCACCUGCUGCUUUCUACUCUUGAUUUAUUAGUGGUAAGGCACAAAUUUUAUAGGUUUAUUCAUUUGUGAAAAUAAUCAGUUGAAUCUGGAGGCAUCACGAUUUUAUACCAACCAAUCCUUUCUGAUGGAUACUGAAAAUUACAUAAUUGCUUCAGUUACUGAACCUAAAGAAAAUUUUCAAGAUGCAAGUUUAUUUUUCAACAAUAGGCAGCAGUGUUUUGGGGGGCAGACUUACUACUUUAACAGUUUUUUCUUUCCCAAAGUAUCUUCAUAAUUAAAUUUUUUAUUCUUGAUUGAUAUUCUA